AUGCUGAAGCCGCUUCACUGCAAUGAGGUAGAGCAGGUCGAGCUGGUUACGUACAUGUUUGAGAAGGAGGUCAGUCUCUGGUGGGACAGCGUCCUACGGACAGUGCCUGUUGUGUAUGUAUGGACAUGGGAGGCUUUUGAGACCCAUUUCCAUGAGAAGCAUUUUCCCCUCACGUACCAUAAUGAGAAAGAGAGUGACUUCCUUCGCCUCCGUCAGGGAGGGAUGACCGUGGCAGAGUACGAGAAUAGAUUCACAGAGCUGGCCAAAUACACUCCUCUGAUACUAGCAAAUGAGCUGAUGCGAAUGUGGCAAUUUUCUGAGGGUUUACGGCCUGAGAUACUUACGAAUAUGUGUUACGCUAGCAUUACCAACUAG